UAAAGAAGAAGCGAUACAUACAAUCCAUCGAGGGACCAACCGGUGGAGGCGAAGCCAGAUGUUAUGCCGAAUUUCGGAGGUUCACUACACAGACUAUGACACACUUUCGGGGGCAGCUACGGGGGCCACACUGGGGCCCUACAAUGGAUAACUUGCUAAUUGACUUCUGGCGCAAAAAUGAAUGCCUUUUUAAUUCCUCAGUCGAUUCUUACUACGACAAGGAUUUGAAGACAAAGCUGUGGACCGAGUUCGCGCUGUCCAUCGGAAAGCCUGUAUCUGAUGUUGAGAGAAGAUCAAGAUCGCUCCGGACUCAGUACGGGAGGGUGCUGUGGCAUCCGGAGAGGGUCAGCACUUACCAACAAAAGAUGCUUAGGGAGAAACUUGAUUUCUUGAGGCCUUAUAUAGUUCGCAGGCGAGCUGAUUCAUAUCUGGAGGAAAAGUUUAAUGUACGGGAAGACGAUGAUGAGGAGCCAGAGACUGAAGAAAGUUUUGAGCAGGAGAUGGGAAGCUCAUGUGGUAGCCCGCUGAACACAGAUGUGACUGGGCAAGAUCUGAACGAUGAACACCAGCCUGUUACCUCCAGCCCACAUCCCCUACACUGUCCUAACCCACAGCCUAAAGUUACAGAGGUCAUCUCUUUGAGCUGUCCGCAGCGUCACAGUGACGAGAGUUCUUCUGAUCAGCCCAACCAAAGAGCUGCACCAGACACAUCCAAACACAACAUACUAAACCAGUUUGCAGAGGUUAUGUUAGCUGAUAUGCGGCAGAUUAAAGACCCUAUGGUGCUCAUGAGACUUCGCAGAGAUAUCACCGACCUGGUGUUCAAAGCAGUGGAAGAGGACAUGCAGAGACGAUGCUCUAAAUUGCCGUCUGUACCCGUGUUGGGAAAGCGCCAGCAGAGCUGCUCCAUGGUUCAACAGUCGUGUUCACAGAGAGACCUCUCUUGGAGGCAGAGGUUUUUGAAGAGAAAGAACAAAGGGUCUGAGCUUGGAAGGAGAAUUCAGAGGUGGGAGGAGAUUAAGCACAUGAGGAGAGUGUCCAGGAGUCAGUUAUUGCAGUCUGUUCAGCAAAGCCAAGCACCGGAGGGGACGAGCAAUAACAGCUCUCAGGUUAUUUUUCAGGCUGCUGAGAUCAAGAGAGAGCCAGAGCCACAUGUAGUUAAGAUUGAGGAGGAAACUCUUCCACUGGCCUGAAAUGUUACACAAAAAAAAAACAGUUUUCAGUUUUUCCUUAAUACAGCUGACACGGUCAGUAGGUGUAGGUUAGUUGGCAGUAACUGAUAAUAGUAGAAAACAGAUACCAAGUGUUACUUACUAGCAUUUAUUAGCCCUUUGUAGAUGGAUUGAGAUGUGAACCUUACUGAUAUUGUUGAAAGAUGUGUGCCUAUCAGCAGGAUAAAGAGGUAUCAGAGGACCUAAGGACACUGUACUGACAAUAGCAAGGACCACUGACUUUUUAUUCCUUUUCACAUAUACGUCUAGUUUCUAAUGAAUCUAUGCCUCAGACUGAUUGAUACCUUUUCUACAUAUACCUGAAGGGUGCUAUCAAACAUGGGAGUAACUUCUAGAUGACUGUCAGUGGGCACUGUGUGACCCACUGUCAAAGAGAUGAAGCUUUGUGGAUGUUUUGAUGCUCUACUCUUAUUAAAGAGAAGAUAUUUGUUUUUAUCCUUGUUUUGUGUGUUCUGUUUCACGUGUGUGUAUGUGGAUAGGUCCUCUUUUUAGGUCCUUGCUAA